AUGGGACGAUUUUCCAACCCGUUUCAAUCGCAUCGCGUCCCGCCUACCAACGCAACAACGGCCGACGCACCCACAUCAGCGCUACCCACGCCACCUGCCAGUACCCAAUCGUCCGACAUUACGCUUCCCGAAGGACCCAACGAGAUACGAAACUACGUGCGCGGAGCCAAUAAACAGAUCCAAUGGCUCCAGGAGUGUCUAGCCAAACUAAGCAACUCCGAUAUCACGCAGGUCAACGAGAUCAAGCGAGCGCUCAAGUCUACGCAUCGGGGCCUGGAGAAGGUGCAUAUUGAGCGGUGUCCGGGACAUGGAGAGGAACUCGAGGCCUCGGUUGGGUAUGUGGUGAGGUAUGCUUGGCGGACGUAUAUGAGCGCGGUGAAGCUGGAGGAGAGGAUGAAAGGGGUGGGUAAGGGUUCGCCUCAGCUGUUCUUACGCGACAGGGCCGAGGAUGGAAAGAGGAAAGAUAAAAAGGUAAGUAGGGAUCAAGAAGGCCAGGAAGUUCGCAACGGCAAUAGAGAUCGAAAAGGCAAAGACAAGAAGGUGGGUUGGAAUCGGGAGGUCCAGGAAGUGCGCGGAAAUACCAAAGACCCAAUAAAAAAAGACAGGAAGGUGGAAAGAAAUGACCUUGUUUGCGACAGUAGAACUCGCGAUGGAAAAGACAAGAGAGGGUAUAUGAACAAUGAGGUUCAGACUGUUGGCCUCCCGACCAGUGAGGAGAAGAUGAGAAGUGAACGGGAGCCGCCGGCCAAGUCUCGACGAUACCUUGAGAGAGACGUAGAAGAGCUCUUCCUCAUGUCUGGUGCUCUUCCCAUUGAAGAUGGUGCGACCUCGGCUCCAAGUCAAACAGCAGAAGCUGACCCAUUAGACGCUGUCACGAUCCUACCACGCACUUCCUCCCCCGAGUUACCUCCUGAAACCCCAAGAAACCUCAGCGUUGUAGAAACAAACCCGGAACAGAUUCCACAACCGAGGCACGAGGUAAAGAGGCGGUUACAACAAGAAGAAGACAACUCAUCCUUUGAGCUGCUCGAUCCGGACAGAGUGCGACGGGGCAGCUGUAAUGGUUUCAUGAUUACGGAGAUGACCAUGAGAGGUCUUCAAGAUCCUAGCUUUGUGUUGCCUUAUCUGCACUACAUGAAGAUUCACGAGCUGCGAUGCCUCAAGGAAUGGUUGGUCUAUACGGGUAAUGUCAUACAGUCGCAGCCUGUUAGCCGUAUGGAGAAGGUGCUUCUCUGCAUGCAGGUCCUCCAGAGCGGCUGUCGAUAUGAAGCUCUGGCAGUGAUACACUCCCGCUCCCCCUGCCAAGUCAAGGAGUCGUGCAAUGAGGUCAUGCAGGGCCUGUUACACUGGCAUGCACUGACGGUCAAGGAUCAAGACAUAGGAGACCAGGCCAAGUCGCUCAUUCUCUGGGGAAUUUGGGACAGAUACUGCGCCUCUGACGGUCGAGCGGGCCUCUACUUUGGUUUCAACUGGACGCAACUUGCAAAGGUGCUCGUGGCCCUGAAUGUGUACAUGGGACGCUGGCGAAUGCAAGGCAGGUUUGCCACGGACGGGCCGGCAUUCGCGUGGGGUAAAUUCUUCGAGCCAGAGACACAAGUGCCGGAUGGAACAGAGACGGAUGAAGAGCAGCUUUGCAGCGAUCUGGACGACGAGAGCUUCGACGGAUCCCUCUGUUAA